UUCCCCUCCAUUUUCAAAAACUCAUCCGCGCUCUCAGAAAACCGUCUCCUCCCAAACGCAUCGAAAAUGGCGGGAGCUCUGUCGGUCGUCGCCGGCGAGCAGCUUCCGGCGGGCUCCGUCAGAGGUUACUGGGAGGUUCGCUUCUCUCGCUUCUUCGCCCUCGCUUCCCGGCCGUCCGCAUGUCCCUCGCUCGUCCCUCUUCGCGACUCCGACCGUCGUCGCCUCUCUCCCUCGGGCGGGACCUGGCUCUCGUCCUCCUCGAAGGCUUCGCUGCAGCUUCACUCCGGUCCGCCCGGGAUCAUCACCGUCUGCUUGAGCGGGAAGUUGCUCGAACACCAUUUAGUUUCCAAAUUGCAGUUCUUCAGGCCGCAGUUGUCAUACAUGUCUGAAUUUCCAGCAAUGGCUAGCAGAGCUGUCCUUGUGAGCUACAGGGAUUGCAGAAAUAAGAUCCAGAAAUUUGCCUUAAGAUUUUCAACUACUUGUGAAACUGAUUCAUUCAUUAGUUCUUUAAAGGAGAUCUUGAAAGAUGCCACUGAAAUAGAACUGCAAACUACUCACGUGGCAUCUCAAAUAUCUGCUCAUUCUGAGUUCACAUCCUAUUCUCCUUACAGAGUUCAGGAGGAAAAGGAUACUGUUUCUUGCAUUGGCAUUCAGGAUCCUGAAAACUUAGCAAUCUUGGAGAAUGAGUCUCAACAGUUCUCUUCAAACACGGAAAAUGUUUAUGAUCGUGAUGCCGAAAAUGGCCUUGCAUCCUUUCCUCCAAGCUUCACAUCAUUUCUGACUAGUUGUUGCGCCGACCGCAAACAAGCCACAGCACAAUCAACUAUACCUGAAGUAGUCGACCUCAAAUCACAAAUCAUGAAAUACAUGGAAGAUUCUGAAUUUCAAGAGAUGUUGAUUAGAGUGGACAGGGUCAUCAAUGAAAUCAGAGUGUGAUUUAUCAUUGUAAUUGUCACGGCUGUUGAUAUCCUUAGUGUGGCAUCUGAAACCUUGGCUGCUAUGGUGGGUCUUGAACCUUGUAGUUAACCAUCUAGAGUGUAGAUCUUUUUUCCACUUUUUCAAAAAUUCCUUGUUGCAGUAUAAUGUUGUAAAACACCUGGGAUAUUCAAGAUCAUUCAAGGGCAAAUUGUUCCUUAAGUAAGCUCCGGCUCCCCUGGUUACUGGUUGGAAUUAUAUAAGGUGAUUUCAGCACGCCACAAGGACUGCCUGCUGAAAGCUCCAAGUUCUAGCUUUGGUUAAUGCUUUACUUGGCUUUUCUCCU